AUGGACAGGAUUCUAGAGGAAGUUAUCAAUGACCAUAGAAAGAAAAGAAAGGCCGCCUUUGCAUUAUUAACCAACAAAAAUAACAAAGAAUCAUGCCAUCAGGAAGAAGUAGAAGAUCUAGUUGAGGACUUGUAUUUUGCUGGAAGUGAGACUGCAGCGGCUACCACAGAAUGGGCAAUGUCAGAACUUGUGAGAAAUCCUAGAGCAAUGGAGAAAGCACAGGCAGAGGUACGCCAAGUUGUUGCAGGAUUGGGAAAUGAGAAAAAACUCGAAGAUGCAGACAUGAAGAAGCUAGACUACUUGAAGAUGGUGAUAAAAGAAACUCUAUGA